CAGCACUGUGGGGAACAGAGCCUGGCCCAGCCACCCUGCCAGGAUCCCUGGCAGCCUCAGCCCCUUCCCAGUGCCGCAACAGCCCAGUGACACAUGCUGAGCUGAUAGAGGCACAUACUUAACCCACGAGGUGCAACCAGCACGGGGGAGCCCCCCUCCUGCUGCUCCAGAGCCAGUGACCCCACGGGACAGCCGCACGUCAUGGUGGACUACUACGAAGCGCUGGGGGUGAGCCGCAACGCCACUGCCGACGACAUCAAGAAGGCGUACAGGAAGGCUGCACUGAAAUGGCACCCAGAUAAAAACCCAGACAACAAGGAGUAUGCUGAACAGAGGUUCAAGGAGAUCGCCGAGGCGUACGAAGUGCUGUCAGACAAACAGAAGCGCGAUGUCUAUGACCGCUAUGGGAAGGAUGGACUCAUGGGGGCAGCAGGACCAGGGGGGUCCAGGGCUGAUGCUGGGGCCCCUGAAUUCACAUUCACCUUCCGCAGUGCUCACGACGUCUUCCGGGAGUUCUUCGGCGGGCGAGACCCCUUCGCCGACUUCUUUGAUGAGAUGCUGCCCUUCUCUGAGCUGCGAGGACCUGGCCCCCGGCACCAUGGGGGUGGCCACUUCUUUUCCCCCUUCCCAGGAUCCUCAGAUUUCUUUGCCUCGUCCUUUGGCUCUGGUACCGAUGCAGGGCUGGGCUUCCGCUCCGUCUCAACCUCCACCACCUUUGUUAAUGGCAGGCGCAUCACCACAAAGCGGAUUAUCGAGAACGGGCGGGAGCGGGUGGAAGUGGAGGAGGAUGGGGAGCUGAAGUCGAUCCACAUCGAUGGCGUCCCUGAUGACAUGGCACUGGGGCUGGAGCUGAGCCGGCGGGAACAGCAAGCCUUCCCCAGCCCACGGCCCCCCUCGCCCCCGCCGCCCACCUCGCACCGACCCCCAAGCUCCUCACCAGUCUGCCUCUACACGGACAGCGAGGACGAGGAUGAGGACUUGCAGCUGGCCAUGGCCUACAGCCUGUCUGAGAUGGAGGCUGCAGGGCACCACCAAGCAGGUGGGCAUGGCCCCGGCACCCUGCCGGAACCGGGGGGCAGCCCUGGCACCUCAUCCUCCACCCACAGAGCCCGUGGUCCCCAGGGGGGGCCGGAGCGGGAGCUGCGGGGGGCCAGCAGCCCUGCCACAGCGGGGCACGAACCUGCCCCCAAAGCAAAGCAGUGGCACUGCCCCCUGCUCUGAGUGUGGGGCUGGGGUUGUGUCCCCCUCCCCAUGGGGCAGGGAGAGGAAAGGGGAGGUGGGGACGUGCUGCCUGGGACUUGGCUCCUGCCUACCCCAGCAAGGGACGAAGUCCCUCCUGCCCUGCCUCCUUGCUGCUGCUCAGGUGGGUGGGUGGCUGGUGGCACCCGGGGGUGGAGGGGCUGCCAGAGUUGGGGGUCAUGGCUGGAAGAGCGGCCCUUGGUGGGAUCCCGGGAAGAGGGACAGCUCGUUGCCCUGGCUCCUGGAAGCACAGGAUGCCCAUGGGCAGAUGUGUCCCGGCUCUGCCUGCUCCUCUCUCCCCGCCUGCCCAGCAGAAGGGCAGGGGCCCCAGCUGGUGCCUCCCUGCCCGCUGCCUGCCCCUGCCCAGGCUGGGGAGUACUGGGUCAGGCUCUCCCUCCUUGCCAGAAGGGGUGUGCACGUGGGUUCUGCUUGGUGCCUUGUGUCUGUCUCUCGCCUCUGGAUGCUGUCGCUCCUGCCUGUACCCCCUCCUCCUCCUCUGUCCCCCCCGCCAUCGCAGAACCUGCCUGGUCACCCCCUUCCCUACGCCUUGCACACCCUGCAGGGCACUGUCCCUCCCUGCUUCCCGCAGCAGUAGUGACCCUCAGUGAUGCUCACAGGUGUUCCCACCCUCACCAUUGCCCACGGUCCUGCCUUGGCUCUCCUCCUCUUUCUCCUGGGACCUUCCUCCCUCCCUGCCCUCCCCAGCCCUAGUCCAAGGAGGGUUUCACAGGUGCUGUUGUGUCCCCCCCUCCGCUUGUCU